UGUCAGGGCUAGGGAGGAGAGUAAAAAUCUCCAGGAAAAAGCAAUCUGCAACCCUAGGGACCUUGAAAGGGUCAAGUCUUAGUGAGGAUGCAGCACUGGGCAAAGGAAAAGUAUCUUUAGCAUAGCAAAGAGAAGGACUGGAGUGGCUGGGAGAAGGACAGUCAAAGGGGGUGAGAAUUGUAUAGUAGUCAGGGAAGGAAGCCUGCCUGAGGAGGUGAGGCCAGAAGAAUGAGCAAGAGACACCCAUGGAAAGAGAGAGGAACCAGAAGGUACAAAGGUGUGACCAUGUAUUGGCUGCGGAAACUCCAGGGGCUCUGUAUCCUAUGGAGGACCCAGAUCUCUAGUCGUACUGUCCGCCUCCAUACCAAGCAACUGGCAUCCCUGCAGUGGGGUCACCAGGAGGUCCCUCCCAAGUUUAACUUUGCUAGUGAUAUGAUCGAUCACUGGGCUAGCAUGGAGAAGGCGGGCAAGCGACCUCCAGGCCCAGCCCUAUGGUGGGUGAGUGGUGAUGGAAAUGAACUAGUGUGGAACUUCAGCCAACUGAGUGAACUCAGCCAGCAGGCAGCCAAUGUCCUUUCAGGGGCAUGUAGCCUGCAGCGUGGGGACCGUGUGAUGAUGGUGCUGCCCCGAGUGCCUGAGUGGUGGCUAGUGACCCUGGGCUGCAUGCGAGCAGGCCUCGUCUUCAUUCCCGGGACUAUCCAAAUGAGAACCAAGGACAUUCUCUAUAGACUGCAGGUGUCUAAAGCCAGGGCCAUCGUGGCUGGGGAUGAAGUGGCCCAGUUAGUGGACACCAUAGCCUCUGACUGCCCUUCUCUGAAAACGAAGCUUCUGGUGUCUGAGAAAAGCCGAGAUGGGUGGCUAGACUUUAGGACACUACUACGAGAAGCAUCUACCACUCAUUGCUGUGUAGAGACUGGAAGCCAAGAAGCAGCUGCCAUCUACUUCACCAGUGGGACUACUGGCCUUCCCAAGAUGGCAGAACAUUCCCACUCAAGCCUGGGCAUGAAGGCCAAAAUGGAUAUUGGUGUAUGGACAGACAUGCAGCCUUCUGACAUAAUAUGGGUCAUAUCAGACACAGCUUGGAUAUUGAAUAUCUUGGCUUCAUUUCUGGAACCUUGGGCAGUAGGAGCAUGCUCAUUUAUCCAUCUCUUGCCAAAGUUUGACCCAGUCAUCAUUCUAAAGGUGCUGUCCAGCUACCCAAUCAACAACUUUGUAGGAGCACCCAUCAUUUACCAGAUGUUGAUACAACAGGAUUUUCCUAGCUACAAGUUCCCACAUCUACAGAACUGCUACAGUGGAGGGGACGCUCUCCUUCCAGACAUUUUGGAGAACUGGAGGGCCCGGACAGGAUUGGACAUCCGAGAAUUGUAUGGCCAGACUGAAACGGGAAUAACUUGCAGAGUUUCCAAGAACAUGAAAAUCAAACCUGGUUACCUGGGAACUGCUAUUCCUCAUUACGAUGUGCAGGUCUUGGAUGACAAGGGCAAUGUCUUGCCCCCUGGCAUCGAGGGAGACAUUGGCAUCAGAGUAAAGCCUAUCAGGCCUAUAGGCAUCUUCUCUGGUUAUGUGGACAGUCCUGAGAAGACAGCAGCCAGCAUUCGAGGGGAUUUUUGGAUACUUGGAGAUCGGGCAAUCAAGGAUCAAGACGGCUAUUUCCGGUUCAUAGGCCGGUCAGAUGAUAUCAUUAACUCCAGUGGGUAUCGGAUUGGGCCCUCAGAGGUGGAGAAUGCACUGAUGGAGCAUCCUGCUGUAAUUGAGACAGCUGUAAUCAGCAGCCCAGACCCUGUCCGAAAAGAGGUGGUGAAGGCAUUUGUAGUUCUGGCCCCACAGUUUCUGUUCCACAACCUGGACCAGCUCACCAAGGAGCUACAGCAGCAUGUGAAGUCAGUAACAGCCCCAUACAAGUACCCAAGGAAGGUGGAGUUUGUUUCUGAGCUGCCCAAGACUAACACAGGGAAAAUCCAGCGGAAGAAGCUUCGAGACAAAGAGUGGAAGACAUCCAGGCAAGCUGAGGCCCAGUGAGACCUACAUGGGCAUCCCUUUGGGCCCUACACUUCUUACUUCCAUUUCCCUUUGGACUUUCUGUUUUCCUCUAGGGAUAGAAGAUUCCUUAUGACAAGACAACUUAUUUCUGUCUUUCCCUGGAAAGCACAAAAUCUUACUGUAUUAGAUGUUGAAAGAAGAAAGGGGAGGGGGAAUAAAAGAGAGGAAAAAAGAGAGGAAGAGAGAAAAAGGAAAGAAAAAUUAGAGAAAGAAUGAAACAGCAAAAGAAAGCAAUUAGGAAAGAAAAAGAGGGAAGGCAGGAAGAGGGGGAUGGUGGGAUAGAGGAAAGAGAAUUGGAGGAAGGCAGAGAAAGAGAAGAAGGAAGGGAGGGAAGAAGGGAGGAAAUAAAAAAGCUUGAUAAAAAUAGUAAGAGAGAGAAAAAAACCCCAAGAUUUUGACAAAUAACCUAGUGUCCUUUAUAUAAUGCUGAAAUAUAACUCAAGAUUGGCUAAAAAAAAUAGUAAGAGACUGAUAAAAAUGAUUUAUCUCACGGAGAAGUGAGGGCAACUAAUAAUUAUUCUCACAGGUAGAUGGACAGUGGCAGAGUCCAGCAGAAUCCUAGAUCUUAGGAAGAAAAUGAAAAGUCAACGCACUUCAUCUUACCCCUGGACAGACCUCCUUACAGACAGGCUUGCGCCUGUGGUUAGGACAUUGGAGGCCUCCUCAGGUCACCUCAAACCUCAGGACACACAUGACCAGAGGAGGGGAAUAUCCACUAUUGAGUAAUUUCCAUAUGCCAGACACUGUCCUAAGCAUUUUAUAAAUACUAUCAUGUUUUACCUCUGUGUGGCAUCUACAAACUUUGGCACAUAGGUGUGAGAACACUAUAGGAACCUCAAAAAAGUGUCCCUUCCCCAUGGCUCAUGUUUGUGGUAGUAUCUACUCUUCCUAGAAUCAAGUAAUUGUUGGGCCAGUGGGAUCAAGGGGGAUCAGGAGGCACCAACUAAAUGGCGGCAGACCCUCCAUCUUGUUACCCUCCCCUCAGAACUUUCCCACCACCGGCAGACCGCCCAAGGACACAUCAUCAGGUGGAGACAGGACCUAUGCAGGAAACCUGAACCACACCUUACCCAAACCCCAUAUAAGGGCAUAAGCAGUUAUCACCCCAUACAGACACAACUCCCUACCCCUCUCCCCUUAAAAGCUCACAUGUACUCCCUUUGGGCGCGCCUUCCCUGGCCCAUGACUCCCCACUCUCUCCCUCUCCUGUGGGCCAUGGAACCUUGCCUGAGAGCACGUCUCAUUAAAAGCUUGCCUCAACCAA